AUGGAUGAGCUUGCGUGCUUGAUGGACUGGGAUUUGGAAGCUAUUGUGAGAGGAUGCACCGGUGAAGCCUCAGCUAACACCAUGAUCGAUGAACCUCAUCCUAAUUUUUCUCUUUUUUGUUCUGAACAAGAUGAGCUACUUGGCACUUUUCCUCAAUUCUCAGAAACCACCAAGGUCCAUGAUGAAUUGGAAGAACUUUACAAACCUUUCUGUCCAGUUUUGCACCCUCUUUCCUCACAGACCAUCGUUACAAAUUCCCUACCUAUCCCCAAAGAAACCGAAGAAGUCAAAGUACUUAAAGCAUCAGAGAAAGUAGCUCUACAAGAUUUGCAAGUUCCAGCAGUAUCUAAAUGUAAAAGAAGCAAGAAGAACCAAGUGAAGAGGGUGGUGAAGCAGGUGACAGCAGCAGAUGGUGUUUGUGAUGCGUGGGCAUGGCGUAAAUAUGGACAGAAACCAAUAAAGGGUUCACCUUAUCCUCGAAGUUACUAUAGAUGCAGCAGUUCCAAAGGAUGCUUGGCGAGGAAACAAGUUGAAAGGAGCAAUUUGGAUCCAGGACUUUUUCUGGUUACCUACACAGCAGAACAUAGUCAUCCUCACCCAACUCGUAGAAACUCACUAGCAGGGAUCACUCGAAAGAACAAUUCAUCAAUAGUUGCACCUAUAAGCACUCUUGACCAAAGGACUUGUUCUUCAAAUUCCUUAACAACAAUUCACUCUCCAAGUACACCUUUGGUGGGGGCGACGUCAUCCAAUAUUGAAGAUGAGAUUGUGACAAGUGUGCAACAAAGUAAGGGCUUGAAGAAAGAGGAAGAUUUUCUUGAUUGGUUGGAUGAUGCUGAAGGUGCUCAAUUAUGUGAUGGUUGGAUUCCAAGCGCAGAGUUAGAGGAACUGAUAGGAUUUAAGUGCCAACAACUUGAAUUAGAUGGAAGCAGUUUCAUGGAUGGUUUUGUUGACACUUUGUUCCUUAAUGAUUCUAAUAAGUAG